UGCGUCCUCGGUUCACUUGGGGCGCUCUUCUAUGCCUAUUUGGGCACAACUUCUGAGCUGUGUGCGGCUUGUUGGAUGUCCCGAACGGGGAGAGCAUGGCUUGGAAAGAAAGUCGAAAGGCUGGGCCCCCGGGAGUGGCCAUCUGGAAGGCGGUGAUUAUCCUUCUCUGCCACCGGAUUCCUAGGAUCCGUCCCUACAACUUGGACACGGAAAACCCACUGCUCUUUAACGGACCCAAAGGGACCCUGUUUGGCUAUUCUGUCGUAUUGCACAGCCAUGGGGACAACAGAUGGCUUGUGGUGGGAGCCCCCACCGCCAACUGGCCAACAAACGCUUCAGUGGUCAACCCCGGUGCAGUUUUCAGAUGCAAGAUUGGAGAGAACCCUGACCGGGUUUGCGAACAACUCCAGCUGGGCAGCCCUGCUGGAGACUAUUGUGGAAAGACAUGUUUGGGAGAAAGAAACAAUCAGUGGUUGGGGGUCAGUCUUUCCAGACAGCCAAAAGAGGAUGGAACUAUUGUGGCUUGUGGACAUCGAUGGAAAAAUAUAUAUUUCAUGAAAAAUGACUAUGAGCUUCCCAAUGGUGUUUGUUAUCUAAUGCCCCCUGACUUGCGAACAGAGCACAGUAAAAGAAUGGCUCCCUGUUAUCAAGAUCAUCUGAGAAAAUUUGGAGAACGGUAUACAUCAUGUCAAGCUGGAAUAUCUAGUUUUCACACAGAGGACUUAAUUGUUAUGGGAGCCCCUGGAUCACAUUACUGGACAGGUUCACUCUUUGUUUACAGCAUCACUACAAACAAGUACAAGGCUUUUGUGGACAGAGAGAAUAAAGUAAAAUUUGGAAGCUAUCUAGGAUAUGCUGUUGGUGCUGGUCAUUUUCGAGAUCACCAGCGUAUGGAAGUAGUUGGAGGAGCUCCACAGCAUGAGCAGAUUGGUAAAGCAUACAUAUUCAGCGUUGAAGCAACGGAACUGAAUAUAUUGUAUGAAAUGAAGGGGAAGAAGCUUGGUUCAUAUUUUGGAGCCUCAGUUUGUGCAGUGGAUCUCAAUGCAGAUGGCCUCUCCGACUUACUUGUUGGUGCCCCUAUGCACAGUAUUGUCAGAGAAGAAGGAAGAGUUUUUGUUUACAUCAAUGCAGGCUCAGAAGCAAAAAUGAAAGAAAUGGAAAUUGAACUGGUUGGAAGUGACACAUAUGCCGCAAGAUUUGGAGAAUCCAUAGUCAAUCUAGGGGACAUUGAUAAUGAUGGCUUUGAAGAUGUUGCCAUUGGGGCUCCUCAAGAAGAUGAUUUACGUGGAGCUAUUUAUAUUUACAAUGGCAGAGUAGAUGGGAUAUCACCAUCCUUUUCACAGAGAAUCCAAGGACUUCAGAUCAGCCAGUCCUUAAGCAUGUUUGGACAAUCAAUAUCUGGAGGCAUUGAUGCAGAUCAUAAUGGAUACCCAGAUGUAGCAGUUGGUGCCUUUUGGUCUGAUUCUGCUGUGGUGCUGAGGACAAGGCCAGUCGUGAUUGUUGAGGCUUCUUUAAAACAUCCUGAAACAGUAAACCGGACUAAAUAUGAAUGUAUUGAAAAUGGACAACCUUCUGUUUGUGUGGACCUGACCCUCUGCUUUUCAUAUAGGGGCCGAGAGGUCCCAGGCUAUAUUGUUUUGCUUUAUAAUGUGAGCCUGGAUGUGGGCAGAAAGGCUGAGACUCCAUCAAGAUUUUACUUUUCUUCUAAUGGAACAUCUGACGUGAUUUCAGGAAGCAUCAGUGUAUCCAAUCUUACAGAAAACUGCAAGAAGCAUCAGGCAUUUAUGCGGAAAGAUGUAAGGGACAUCCUUACUCCAAUUCAUAUUGAAGCAGCUUAUCACCUUGGGCAUCAUGUGAUCAGUAAAAGCAACACUGAAUUUUCACCACUUCAACCAAUUCUUCAGAGGAAGAAAGAAAAAGACAUAAUUAAAGAAAAGAUAACCUUUGCAAGGUUUUGUAGCCGUGAAAAUUGUUCUGCUAAUUUACAAGUGUCUGCAAAAAUUGGAUUUCCAAAGCCACAUGAAAAUAAAAAUUAUCUUGCAGUUGGAAGUAUGAAGACUUUAAUAUUGAAUGUUUCAUUGACUAAUGCUGGAGACGAUGCAUAUGAUACAAUUCUACACAUUCAUUUGCCCAAAGGUCUCUACUUCAUUAAAAUUUUAUAUCUGGAAGAGAAACAAGUAUAUUGUGAUGUAACAGACAAUUUGGGUGUUGUGAAACUUGUCUGUAGGAUUGGUCAUAUAUACUUGGAUCAUCUAUCAAAGGAAGAUGUUAGUUUUCUCCUGGAUGCAAGCUCACUUAGCAAAGCAGAAGAUGACCUUAACAUUACAGUUAAUGCUACUUGUGAAAACGAAUGGGACACAGACAGUCUGUUGGAUAACAAUAUGACUUUAAUAAUACCACUGAAGUAUGAGAUUACGUUAAACGUUCACGGGUUUGUAACACCAGCCUCAUUUAUUUACGGACCAAGUGAGGAAAAUGAACCUGAAGCUUGUAUGAUGGAGAAAAUUAAUUUUACUUUCCAUGUUAUCAAUGCUGGACCUAGCAUGGCUCCUAAUGUGAGUGUGGAUAUCAUGGUACCUAACUCAUUUACCCCAUAUAACAAUAAACUAUUCAACAUUUUGGAUGUCCAGACAACAGCUGGAAAAUGUGAUUUUGAUGAUUAUCAAAGGGUAUGUGCUUUACCACAAGCAAAGAGAAAAUCAGAGCCACUAAAAGAUAUAGUCAAUUUCUUUUCAAAGACUGAUAAAAGGCUGAUGUACUGUCUAAAAAAUGAUCCACAUUGUUUAGUUUUUUCCUGCAAUUUUGGAAAAAUGGAAAGUGGAAAAGAAGCUAGUGUCCAUAUUCAUUUGGAAGGACGGCCAUCAGUUUUAGAAAUGGAUGAGACCUCGGCACUCAAGUUUGAAGUAAAAGCUACAGUCUCACCAGAGCCACAUCCAAAAGUUAUUGAACUACACGGGGAUGAAAACGUUGCAUAUGUAUAUCUGGACGGAUUGCAUCACCAAAAGCCUAAACCGUAUUUUCGUAUAAUGAUUAUUUCAACCAGCUUUAUACUGGGUUUCAUUGUAUUUUUAUUCCUUUCAUGCAUCAUGUGGAAGGCAGGCUUCUUUAAAAGAGAAUACAAAGCUAUUCUUCAAGAGGAAAACAAAAGAGACAGUUGGAGCUACGUCAACAGCAAUAAAGACAAUUAAAGACUUCUUUUUAAAGUAUACCAGUCUCAGGUUAACUAUGGAAGACACUGCUUACAAGAAAAAAAUUGUCAACUGAAUUUUACUGUGUUUAUUCAUCUUGAUGUGCUGUGGGGGGGGAAGCUUAAAUUUGACCAUGUGGCAGAACAUAUCAUAAUUCAAGUAAAGCAUCUAAAUGGUGAUUAUCGUUUCAAGAAGAAGGAAAAGGAGGUAUCUGAAAUAACCAAAGAUAACAUCUUUCUCAGGUAUCAGAAGAAUUGAAGAACACUAAAAAGGUUUAUUUCUUCAAGAUGAGUAGUUCUCUGAAGAGAUCACGGGAUGCCAGUAUAUGUGUAUUGAGUUGCAUCGUGGAGAGAAUAAGCAACUUAGUUUGGCAAACACUUUUACUUGAAGCAUCCUUUUGAAUACAUGUUCUUGCAAGCUAUACUCAUUUUAGUGGUGAAAUAAACUCUUAGCAAGUGGACAUUAGUUACUUUUGAAGAAGUUGGAUAUUUGAAAUAGUUCUCUUUGAGGUCCUGUUUAUUAUACCUCAAAGGACUGUUUCCAGACUUUCCUAUAUGAAAUGAUCAGAAAAGGAUUACCUUAUGUUAAAACAAAAGCAUCUUUAAUGAUCUUUGAUUAUAUAACUCACUUCAUUUGGAUUGCAAUCAGCAAGUAUUUAUUAAGAAGCUAAUAAUAUUUAAUAACUUGCAUUAACUGAGGAAAAUAAUAGCUGAACCAGUGUGCUCAAAUAUGCGACUUUAACUGGUUGUGCCUGAAGAGAAUGAAUGAUGUGUGAUUUUUUUCUUUUAGGUCUAUGGAUUUAUAUAUACAUAUGUGUAAAAUAAGCAGCAUUAUGUAUAAGAAUAUAUAAAAUUCAUUUAUGCUUCUUUAAGUUAUGUAAAUAUGUGCACAUAUAUUAACAAUAUACUUCCUUCCAUGGUACCUAUGAACAAAUAGAAGAAAAUAGUUUUUAACUGAUUGUUUAUAAAUUUGAAAAAAGUAUUUACUUCCAUUGAUAUUUUUAAUAUUGAGACAACAGAUUGUGAGUGUUGCACUUUAGCCAAUGUCUGAAUAGGAAAUACACUGAUAUAUAUGAUGUAUGUAUUCUGAAAACCAUACCUCAUUGAUGAUGAAAACAGCAUCAAAGCUGUUUAAGGACAAACAUUAUAUGCAAAUACUUUUAUACUGAUUGGACAAUAAUGAAAUGCACUAAUAUAUAUUUGAAUAGUAAUGAGUGCUAUUCAACUAUAAGUAUUAAAUGAGUACUUACCAGUUUUUGUUUUUGUUUUUACAAAAAGAUGCAAAAGAAAUCAUAAAUUUAACUGUACUAAAAAUAUUUGGGGAUUGAAGGAUAAAUGCAAAGAAUACAAAUAUAGCAAAUGUUUCCAUUAAAAUGUAAGGUAAUUUUUUAAAGUCAUGAAAUACCUUAUUUCCAGGUUUGUAAGUAAUUUAUAUUGUAUUUCAAAUGAAAAUGCUUUUCAGUUGUAGUAUUUAUUACAUAUAUAAUAU